GGGGGAGACUAAAGCAAUUGCAGCACCAUCGAAUAAUUAUUUACUGGCUUUAGUCCUUGACUUAUGACUCUUCAAUUUCUUUUGAUUCUUAUCAUCUAAUUGGAUUUGAGCCUGUCAUACCUACUCUUCAGCCUAUGCACGACCUGGUAGUUUUGCACCUUUCUUAAGUUUGUUGUGGUUUCCCGUCUGCUGUUAUCGUAUGCUUCUUUUUCUUUCGAUUCCUUCAGUGCUUGGCAUAGUUCACUGGUCAGAUUUUGUGUCUCCGAUACAAAAAUCAAGACUAUAAUCUUUGUCAUGGGAAUGUGUACUCCUACACAGACGGUUCUUCUAUUGGUCUUGGGAAAAUACGUUACUGGUGUGGCAACUGCUACAGCUUUAAGUCUAACGCCUUCUACUGAAUGGUAUGGAGACGAUGGAUCUUGGUCUGCUGUGUCGAUCAGGUUGGGAAAUCCCAAACAAUGGGUCAAUCUCUUCCCGAAUACACUCAGCGCUGAAACCUGGGCGAUAGGGCCAUAUGGCUGUCAAGAUGGUGAUUCGACAUGCUUGGACAGCAGAGGCUCAAUAUUUAACGCAACUCAAUCUUCUACAUGGGAACCUUUGUUGACACUAGAGUCUUCCCCAUAUUGGCGUCUUGGUACAGGAAACUCGUUACAAUGGCCACCUUAUGGAGAGUAUGGACUCGAAAAUCUCGCAUUUGGACCAGACGGGCCAACCAUUCCCAACGCGACAGUCGCGAUGAUCAACGCUACAGAGUAUUGGGUAGGCAGCUUUGGCUUGGGUGCUAGUGCUGGAAACUUCAGUUAUAUCACUCCAAAUGUCACAUUUGCACAACUGGAAACCCUGGGAGAUAUAGUAAGUGCAGGAUAUGGAUACACUGCUGGGGCUAUAUAUCAGCAAAAGGGGGAACCAAUGUCUCUGACACUAGGUGGAUAUGACGAAAAUCGAUUCAUAUCUCACGAUGUUUUGUUUACUCUUACCCAAAAUCCGCCUGUACCUCAAGUUUUCCUCGACAGUAUUUUUGUAAUAUCCUCCAAUGGAUCCAAUACGGCUAUAGAACUUGUGUCAUAUGAGGAUGACAUCAACGCACUGAUUGAUAGCUCAACUCCUUAUCUAUGGCUUCCGGAAACAGUUUGCGAUCGUUUCGCCGAUGCUUUAGGACUAAGUUACAAUGAGUCCUUGAACUUGUAUACUUUUGACGAAAACCCCACUCAGCACAACAAUCUAUCGGAUUCAUCUACAACGACAACUUUUACGUUUACAUUUAAAGACGAAUCAUCAGGCUCGGAUUUUGUUGAGAUUGAUUUACCAUAUGCAGCUUUCGAUUUAUCAUUAUCCUACCCGUAUAUCCCCAAUACUGAAUAUGGAACAGAUGAAGCAUCGAAAUUCUACUUUCCAUUAGCUAGAUCAGCAAAUAGUAGUCAAUACACUAUCGGUCGAGCAUUUUUACAGGAGGCAUACAUUAUCACCUCUUACGAGACUAACCAAUUUUCCCUUCACCAAGCCGUUCAUGUAGCCGACACGCUAAACAACAAAAGUAUUAUUGCUAUCCCAAGCGGGGAUACUACUACUGGACAAGGAACUGGUACAGUGCCAUCCGGUCAGAAUACUCGCUUAACCAAGGGGCAAAUUGCUGGCAUAGUUAUUGGUGUAGUCGGGACAGUAGCCACUUUACUAGUUACCUUGUAUUUUUCCUAUAUUAAAUACUAUAAGCCAAGGAAACUCGCUCUUGCUCUUAAGAAUUCUAAUUCUAAGUCUGAAGCUGGUGUUAAUCUUCAACAACUUGAUAGUCCUUCACCAACGGGAACUUAUCCUUCAGAAGCUCCUGGUGAUUUCAGUCAUCCAGUUGAGAUAAAUUCAGACAUCACACAGCCAACGGAAGUUAGCGCCGAGGUCCCACACCAACGUCUAGAACUUGCAGCUGUGAUUCCAAAGGAACUCUCUGCAGAAACUCCUAUUGAGCUACCAGCAGAACUCCCAGCCGAUUUUUUCUAUGGGGGAAUUACAGUCGAUAAUACUCCUACUGCAAGUCCUACCGUCAGUUCUAUCUCUGCUUCACAUUCGGGUUCACUGCCAUCAAUGAAUGCUCUCGCUAUCAGUUCUGCAGAGCCAUCAUUCGAGAGAGGAUCCGAGUCCAUAACGCCUACUCGUUCUUCGAUUGUAGCAGAUCAAGUAUCGCCUAUAUCCUCUGUGACACGUCUACGGUCUGAUGGGUUUUCUCCUAUAGCCGAAAUUCAACACAGCAUAAAUCCUCCUCCUACAUACGCCUCAGCACAAACUAGCUACAAUUUUGCUGGAGAAUCCUUUUCUGAUGACUUGCCACUAAGUCAAUUCACUCCUUCUACUAAAUUUGGAGCCCCAGAACCGAGUAACUAUGUUUUUGCCGGAGCCAUGCCUCGAGGUAUUCAACCUCCAAAUCCAUUUGCUCCAACUACGAUGAGCCGAGACGCACAAGUAACUGAAUGGCAUCGCCGCGAUGUGGAAAGACAAGAACGCGAGGAAGAAUUACAUCGUCAAGCAUUAGCUCGCGAAGAAGAAACCCGCGAAAAUCAAUUCCAAGCACGCCGAAUGGCCCACAGACAGGAACUAGAGAGAAUGGAACGGCUGGGAACCGAUGUUUUUAAGUAUCGCAAUGAGGACGUAGGGAGUGUUCAAGAACCUUUCAGAGGCACCGUUCAACGUGAUGAAGACGGAGCUCGCAAUAUACCUCCCACAAUUCAAGACGAAGAUGCUAUGCCAAGUGUAUCAGCUCAAGAAGGUGCUCCGGAAGUUGCGCGAGUAACUGCUUUGUGACGAUUCUCUUUUGAGAAUGGAGAUGAACACGAUGAUGUUUGAAUAUUGCUGAUAUUUUUUCUGGACUACCUACCUACUUAUCUUUUUAAUUCAAAAUGUUUGCUAUAUUAUCAUGAGUUUUAGAAAACGAGGUGGACAUUUUUCAUGUAAAUAAAAUUUGAAUACCAACUUGAUUAGAAGAAGGUUAUUCGUUUACUUGUGGGCUCAGUGUUUAACUUUGAGCAGGCGUUAUAUCAAUUGUGUACUGUACAAAUUUCUCAGAAUUGCAUCCGAAGACCUUUUCAGGGUGUUAUGGGGCGAAAAACAUUUAUGUGUCAAUUAUUGAGAACGAGAUAAAUGGACUGUGAUAGAACUGACCACAGUUUUAUCCAAAUUGAACAUCUGAGGAAAUCUGUAUGCCUAACUUC